GUAAAUUACUAUUACUGAUGAAUAAUGUAUUAACAUUCUUUGAAAUAUAUAAAAAUAUCUCAUUUAAAAUCUUCCAUUCGAUCGUAUUAUUUUAUCUUUGGUAGCAGAGAUAGAACAGUUAACAGAUACAAAAUAAAAUAAUUUAGACUCUUAAUCCGCCUUCGGAGCUUUGGUUUGAGUUUUGAUUUGACCUAAAAUAGGUCUGCAAAGCAAAUGGCAAUGGGAGUUUACGAAAUAUAUUAAACGUAAUUUUAUUUACAAUUUUGCAUCAAUUCACCAAGUUUCCAGUUAUCUGCAGAUUACUUUACAAAUAAAUUGAAAAUAUUACAAAUACAUAGACUUUAAACUUCCUGUGCAAAAGUAUCGUUUACAUAAAACAUGGGCAUGUCUAAGUGUUAUUCCUUGAUGAAAUGUUUGUUAAUACUCUUCAAUGUAAUAUUUUUGUGUGUAGGUGUAGGCACAUGUGCAUUUGCCGGCUGGGCUCUAUGGGACGGACGUGCAACUGAAACAGGAUCGGGGAAGGCAGGCCUUGGCGCUUUGGCCAUUUGGGGCUUGACUCUCACCCUCGGCGCUAUCACAGCACUUGCUGGCGCGGUGCGCGGGUCGGCGUCGCUGCUGGCGGCGGCGUUCGCGCUGCUGGCGCUGAGCGCGGUGGCGGAGGGCGCGGCGGCGUGGUGGGGCGCGGCGCACCUGCCCGCGCUGCGCCGCGCGCUGGCCGACCGCCUGGCGCACACCGUGCAGCACGACUACGGCCGCCUGCCCGCCAGCACGCACAUCGUGGACGCCAUACAGGCGGGGCUGGAGUGUUGCGGGUCGAGCAGCGCCCGCGACUGGCAGCACUCGGCGUGGGGCGCGGCGGAGGCGGCGGCCGCGGGGGCGCCGGGGGGCGCGGGGGCGCCGGGGGGCGCGGGGGCAGCGGGGGGCGACACGCUCGACCUCAGCGUGGCCGCGGAGCCCACGUACUACUAUGUGCCUGAGUCUUGCUGUGUGCCGAUGGACGGCAUCAUUUUUAUGUUCGAUAGAAAACUGUUGUCACUUGUUCCUAUUUCAGAAAUCCAGGGACGUCUGUGA